CACUGAGACUCUGAACUAGGGUAGUGCGGAGGAGUUCAGUCUCAAUCACAGCAUUUGCAGAGAACACAUACAGUCUGUAAACUGAAUCUAGUCCGAAGAGCAAGAAUCCAGUCAGAAGAGGAAGCGAUGCCAUAUGACUAUGGAAAAAACAAGAAGGAGCACCCUGAUCCUGUAAAAGCAGAAGUGAAAGGCUCUCUUCCUGAGUGGCUGCAAGGCACCCUUGUGCGAAAUGGCCCAGGUCUCUUCUCAUUUGGAGAAACUUCUUUUAAUCACUGGUUUGAUGGAAUGGCCCUUUUGCACAGUUUUACUAUCAAACAUGGAGAGGUUACAUACAGAAGCAAAUAUCUCAGAAGUGACACUUACAACAGCAACAUGGAAGCCAAUCGGAUCGUGGUGUCAGAAAUGGGGACCAUGGCAUAUCCACAUCCAUCCAAAAACAUACUUACCAAAAUGAUCUCCUUUAUCAAUCACACCGUACCAGACUUUACAGACAAUUGUGCUGGGAACAUCAUAAAAUAUGGCAAUGAUUAUUAUGCCACCUCUGAAACCAAUUAUAUUCGCAAAAUUGACCCAGUUACCUUGGAAACUCAAGAUAAGGUUGACUACAAGAAAUAUGUUGAUGUAAACCUCGCUAUAUCUCACCCACACUAUGAUAAAGAAGGAAACAGCUACAACAUGGGAACGUCCAUUGCAGACAAGGGCAAGACGAAAUAUGUGAUAUUUAAGGUCCCUGCUGUGGAACAUGGCAAAACCCAAGCUGGCUCGGAUUGGACUCCAGCCUUGAAGAAUGCUGAGAUCAUGGCCACGGUUCCUUGCCACUCCCUCCUCACCCCGAGUUAUUACCACAGCUUUGGCAUGACUGAGAAUUAUUACAUCUUUAUUGAACAACCCUUAAAGCUGGACAUUAUCAAGAUGGCCACUGCUUACAUGAGGGGGGUGAGCUGGGCAUCAUGCAUGAAAUUCCAGCCUGAGGAAGUUCUAAUUCACCUCAUUGACCGUCACACGAAGAAAGAAGUUGAGGUAAAAUACUACACGGACACGAUGGUGGUAUACCAUCAUGUCAAUGCUUUUGAAGAUGACGGACACGUGGUAGUUGAUGUGAUCGCUUAUGAUGACUACAGCCUCUACGACAUGUUCUACCUGGACAAGCUGAAAGAACAAGCUGCAAGCAAUACUGCUGCCAUGCCGAAGUACAAACGGUUUGUGCUGCCGCUUACGUACAAGUCUGCCGAGCCAGGAGAAAACCUGAUCAAGCUGAAAUACACAACAGCCACUGCUGUGAAAGAAAAAGAGGGAAAACUAUUCUGCCAGUCAGAAGUGAUUAAUGAAGGCACUGAAAUUCCCAGAAUCAAUUACAACUACAAUGGCCAGAAGCACGGAUAUGUAUAUUUGACUGAGGCGAGGACUUUAUUAGAAACAAAAGUUAUCAAGUUGGAUGUUGAAACUAAGAUGUACGUUAAAUGGAGCGCAGAGAACUGCUUUCCUACCGAACCUGUGUUUGUUCCUAGACCUGGUGCAAGUGAAGAGGAUGAUGGUGUCGUCUUGACUUCAGUCAUAAACUGUAAUCCGGGUGAGUCUGACUUUCUUCUGGUGCUUGAUGGGAAGUCCUUCCAAGAAAUGGCACGAGCUAGCGUGAAUGUGGAGCUCCACACAGACAUGCAUGGCUUCUUUAUACCACAACAUGAUGCUGAACAUCUACCUGCUCAUACCACAGCAUCAACACACUGUUGAAUAUGUUCAACGGGAUUAAAAAAAAUUCCUAAGUGGACAUGUUAAAAAAAUGACAUGUCUGUAAUAACUGUGUUGUGAUGUGUUUGAGACUUGUGGUGCUAUCAAAGAUCAUACUUGAAUAAAACAGUCUGCCAGUAA